GCUGGUCCCAGCUAAACAUGCUGCCAGGAGGGCUCAGGAACGCGCGGCAGGCUCUGCCCCGUUAGCCCGGGGUUCCCGGGGGGGCUUCAGCCAUGAAUUCCUCUCCCCCCGCCACCGGCCCCCCCCCCGGCCCUCUGCAGCUCUGGCAGGAGGAGAACCAGACCCAAGGUGGGCUCUGGAACGGGAGCCAGGAGCUGGGCUGGGAAGAGCUGGAGAAGAUGCUCUUCCUCUUCGUGAAGGAGCCCGUCACCAUCAGCCUCACGGCGAUGUACCUGGUGUCCUUUGUGGUGGGCUUCGUGGGCAACAUCAUGUCCAUCAGGGUGCUCACCCGGAAGCGCCGGAGCCGCGUGUCCAGCCUGAGUGCCACCCGCAGCCUCCUCAUCAACCUGGCCGUGUGCGACCUCAUGGUGGUGUGCGUCUGCAUGCCCAUCACCGUGGGCAACCUCAUCUACAAAGCCUGGGUGUACGGGGACUUCCUCUGCCGGGCGGUGCCCUUCAUCCAGGCUGUUUCUGUCUCCGCCAGCGUCCUCAGCCUGACCGUCAUCAGCGUGAACCGGUACUACAGCGUGCACAAUCCACUCAACGCCCGGUCUUUCUUCACCCAGAAGAGGAUUCUCAGCACCAUCCUGGUGGUCUGGUUGUUGUCCUCAGGGAUAUGCAUGCCCCUCAUCUUCAUGAACAAACGGGAUGAGAUUGGGGUGAUGGAGGGCUUGCCUCUGGUGUUUUCCAUCUGCAGGGAGAUUUGGCCUCAGGAGAGGCUCAAGCAAGCCUACAACUUUCUGCUCUUCUGUGCCCUCUACUGCCUGCCGGUCCUGUUCAACAUGGUCAUCUGCUUUCUCACGGUGCGCCGGCUGUGGAGCCGCAGCAGCCAGCUGAAGGAGAGCACUGCCCUGAACCGAUCUCUGCCAGCCUCCAGGCUGAAGAUCCGGAAGAAGGUAGCGCAGAUGGUGGUGGCCCUGGUCCUGCUGUUCGCAAUCUCCUGGCUGCCCGUCUACCUGAUGGACAUCUGGAUUGAUUUCAACAUCCCCAAAUCUUUGCAGGAUAUCACUCCUUCUCCUUGGAUCCUGCAGCUCAGACCUUUUGCCCAGUGGCUUGGCCUCACCAAUUCCAGCCUCAACCCUAUAUGCUAUUGCUUUGUUGGGAACCUCUACAGGUCAGCCAAGGAAAUGAAGAGCAAAUACCACCAAAGAAUGGUCUCUCUCUUUAACUUCUCUCUGUCCGAAGGGACAACCCGUUCCUCGGUCCCAGAGCUGCUCUCUUACCGGAGUUCAAUGGAGCCUGCAAGGAAAGGACCCUCCGCCACCCCCACCAUGGGCAGGAGAUGUCAGGGAGGUCAUGGCCAUAAGAACAAGUGUGGACGCUUGAACUCCUGCCAGCAUCCAGCCCUGAACACUGUCUCCAGUGAAAACACUUCCUUGUAAUUCUACUCAGGAAGUGCACCUCAUACCCUCAUCUGCAUUUAAUGACUCUUUAGAGGUCUUUCUGAACCAGAUAUUUUAACGAUGGAAAAAAAAUUUCUUCUAAUCACUCCCACCACCAGUUCAAAAAUACUGAGACAGGGAAAGAAGCAAAUAAUGAGAGAAAGAGAUGGCAUAUUUUAACUCAGAUCAAGUUUUAAGACAAAUGAUUUUUACUGGGGACAACUAGAUGUGUAGUCUGUUGCCCAGUCAACAGUCACAUAAUCAGAUAGAUCAACUUCCCAACGAGUGAGCUCUCCCCGCAGGUCCAUCUCUGGAUGCAGAGAUGCCGUGUGGAUACAGCAACAAUUUGACUGCUUGCUGCUGCUCACCCUGUGCUGAUAAAGAGCAGCGGUAAGAGGCACUCUCUGCUCCAAAUCCAUCAGUUGUAGUUGCAAGCAGUGAUGAAAUGCUAGAAACAGCAUCAUAAAAAGUAAUAGUAGUGGAGAAUUUCACACA